GAAGUUAGAAGUGGGCUUCACCCCUUCUGCUCCAGGUUAAAUUUCACUCCACUUUUCCCUGGGAAGUUUCCGUGUAAACUGCGCGCCAUGUCUUCCACAGUAAAGAGCCUGAAAGUCACCUACAACCCUAACCCUAAUAAGGAAAACACUUUUACAGACGGCGACUGGGUUUCAGGGAAUGUCACGCUGGAAGUGACCAAAGACUGCGAGAUGGACUAUCUGCUAAUUAAAUUCAAGGGGAAAUCAGAAGUCCUGUGGACCGAGAGGCACGGCAAGACUACUGUUGUUUACCACUCCAAAGACAAGUACUUCAGCUUCAAGCAUUACUUAGUCCGAAACAAAGAUCACAAAGGAGAUGACAACGAAGCACUACUGCCAAACCAGGGUGGAGACACAUACAGCAAUGUGAUUCCCCUAGGAUGCCAUAUUUACCCAUUCCAGUUUCAGAUCCCUUGCCAGAAUACUCCCUCGUCCUUUAAGGGCUCUGUUGGUAAAAUUGUGUACCUGCUGGAAGCAAAGCUGAGCAGAUCAAUGAGGAUACCCACGAAAGAUUCAACUAAGAUCAACUUUGUUGGACAGCCGGACCUGAACAGUUACUCUGGAAUAAUGACACCACAGCAUGAAACCAAGGAUAAGAAAAUGAAAUUUUUCACCUCAGGAACUGUAGCCAUGGAUGUGAAUCUUGAAAAAACAGGUUUCAUCCAAGGUGAGGGAUUAAAGGUUACGGCCUACAUUGAGAACAACUCGUCUCGUGAGAUCAAGCCCAAGUUCUGUGUGUACAGAAAACACAGCUUCUUUGCAAGAGGGAAGAGAAGACUCUCGACUAAAGACAUCUUUAAAGAGGUGGGAGAUCCAAUCCCUCCUUCUUCCAACCAAAAUGUCACAAGAAUCCUCCAGAUCCCUCAUGAUCUGGAGCCCUCCAUCCUCAACUGCAGUAACAUAAAAGCAGAGUACAGAGUCAGGGUCUACCUGGAUGUUAAAUAUGCUUCAGACCCAGAGAUCAAAUUUCCCAUAGUCAUCCUGCCGGCCUCUCAGGUUUCUGCCGCGGCACCUCCACCUGCUGCCUCUGACUUUGGAUUUGAACCAUUUGGGAGCACCAACCCACCAGCCUGGGGCAUUGCACCACCACAGCCACCAACAGCACCCCAAGCUUUUUCUGAUCCCCCACCUCCCUACGGAGCACAUGGGAUGUACCCUCCUCUGGCGGAUUAUGACAAGAAAUAUUAGUAAACUGUGGAUACUUUCAGGAAAUUAAACAAAGAGAUAGAAACCAGAAAAAAAACGGCCAGUUUAUCACUUUCAUUAGUAUUUCCAUCUCAUGUACAUUAAGAGCUACAAUAUACGUACUGCUCUUACAUCAUUCAAAGGGAAUACUUGUCAUUAUUGUGAGAUUUUUCAGCUGCUAUGUUCAGUUGCUAUUUUUUCCUAUUUUCAGUGGAGUGUUCUGUUAUGUAUAUGCGGACUUCAUCUCUUGUCAGCUGCAGGUUUGUUGCCCUGUCUGUGAUUCUGAUGCUCAGGAUACAGGAGCUCAUGGAGAGAGCCCCAGCUUCACUUUCUGAGAUGUAAAGAUUGUUUAAAAACAGGCAGAUAUAAAACAGAUUUAGAAUCUGGCAGCUGUCCUGUCUCAGAUCACAACCUCAUAUACUAACAAUUUAUAUAGUGCUUCUUCUCUCAGCUUGAGAUAAUUACAGAUAUACUUGUAUGUCCACUAUAUUUAUAUAUCUCUGACUAAUAAAAUAUAAUGAACUAAAGAUAUGAAGUUCUGUAGUAUAAAAACUGUUGAUUAUUGAUGGAUGGCAACUGCUUGUAGUUAGUUUGUGUACUUUGUGAUGUGACUGAAUAUAGCUAUUAUUGUCUGUUACAUUUCUUUGGCCUGGUUUACCUGAACUCUUCUGUGGCCUUAAAAUAUACCUCAAUCUCUAUGCAAACUGUCUGAUAUCUGAGUUAUUCCUUCUCUUUUGUCUGCAUUAUUUUUGAUCCACACUUUACAAAUAAAGGGUAGCGUGUAUACUGUGUAAACAAUGUGGUUAAACCAGUUUAUUGAAGGCUUUGUAAGGGUUGCUCACAUUUUCCACUCACUGAUUAUCGCCAGUUAGUACACAAUAUGCAAUCUAUGAAUGCAACAAAAGGGGUUUUCUUUUCAUUUGUGUAAAAUGAUUAAAGAAAAGGAACUGGAACAACCCUAAGAAAAAAAUAAUCCAUUAAAGCCCUGCCAGUGUCAUAAACCUUUUAACAUGAAAUAAACUGUAAAGGUUUUCAGGUUUGUUGGUUGAAAGCCCAUACACACAUGGAGAAAAAAGACUUCUCAAUGCAGGCUUUAUGUAGGUCACAGGUAAAGUUAUGCAGCACUGGACUCAGACUGACAGCUCUCACAUGAUCCUAGUCAGAAUGAGGCCCGAUUUCUGUAAUAAUUCACAUUUCAUCUCACGUUUCAAUAAUCUGACUCCAACACCAAAAAUCCUCACCAUUU